GUGCAGCGUACGCACACACGCCCAUCCCCCGGCCCGGUGUGUGAGAGUGUGCGUGUGUGUGCGCGCCGCGGGGCUCUCCUUGACGCACGCCGGGCAGGGGGGCCCCAGCCAGCGCCCCUCCGCUGGGUGCGCGCCCAGUAGUUUCUAUAGGAACCGCGACAGCGCCCGGGCCCCUCCUGCGGAGCCCGGGUGCGAGCAUGCCCAGUGGAAGCCGCUAGUUUGGCCCGGGUCGAGGUUUCCAGUAAGUGGCAUGCGGGACUCCGGAGACAUCCCAAUGAGCUGAGCCGAGAGUCUUUGUGUGCACAGGGAGAAGGAGGCGGUGGCCGCCGGGCCCGGAGACCCCGCCCCGGGGGCCCGGCAGGAACAAUGCUAGCCUGCCUAACCCGGGGGAACUUACUGGACGUCCUGCAGGAGGGCUUCAAUGAGCAACAGCUGCAGGCAUAUGUGGCCUGGGUGAACGCACAGCUGAAGAAGAGGCCAACAGUGAAGCCUGUGCAGGACCUGCGACAGGAUCUCCGGGAUGGGGUGAUCCUGGCAUAUCUCAUCGAGAUUGUAGCAGGAGAAAAGCUGAGUGGUGUACAGCUGAGUCCCAGUAACCAGCAGGAGAUGAAGAAUAAUGUGGAGAAAGUGUUACAGUUUGUAGCCUCCAAAAAGAUUCGUAUGCACCAGACUUCAGCUAAAGAUAUCGUGGAAGGCAACCUGAAGUCUAUCAUGAGGCUGGUCCUGGCCUUGGCAGCUCAUUUCAAACCGGGCUCCAGCAGGACAGUGAACCAAGGACAGGACGCCAGAGCCCCUCUGCAGAGUCACCAGCCACACUGUGCCACUGCUGUGGCCCAGGGAGCAGCUGCCGCCCUAGCUGAUGUGUGUCACGACAUGUCACGGUCAGGGCGGGAUGUCUUUCGAUACAGACAGAGGAACAGCAGCCUGGAUGAGGAGAUUGAGAAUCCAUGCUGGAGCGUGCGAGCCCUGGUGCAGCAGUAUGAAGGGCAACAAAGGUCCCCGUCCGAGUCCAGCUGCUCCAGCCUGACUUCCCCCAGUCCUAUCCACAGUGCAAAGAGCGACUCCAUUAUAACCCAGUCGGAGGAGAAGGCAGAUUUCGUGAUUAUUCCCUCUGAAGGAAUAGAGAACAAAACAGAGGAGACAGACUCUCCAUUAUCCCGGGACUGGAGACCAGGCAGCCCCCGGCCCUAUCUGGAGACUUCAUGGGAAGAACAGCUGUUGGAACAACAAGAACAUUUGGAAAAAGAAAUGGAGGAAGCCAAGAAAAUGAUAUCAGGAUUACAGGCCUUACUGCUCAAUGGAUCCUUACCCGAAGAUGAACAGGAGAGGCCCUUGGCCCUCUGUGAACCAGGAGUCAAUCCCGAGGAACAAUUGAUUAUAAUCCAAAGUCGUCUGGAUCAGAGUAUGGAGGAGAAUCAGGACCUAAAGAAGGAGCUGCUGAAGUAUAAACAAGAAGCCAGAAACUUACAGGGGAUCAAGGAUGCCUUGCAGCAGAGGCUGACUCAGCAGGACACGUCAGUCCUUCAGCUCAAACAAGAACUGCUGAGGGCAAAUAUGGACAAAGAUGAGCUGCACAACCAGAACGUGGAUCUGCAGAGGAAGCUAGACGAGAGGAAUCGGCUCUUGGGAGAAUAUAAAAAGGAACUGGGCCAGAAGGACCGCCUCCUGAAGCAGUACCAGGCCAAGUUGGAGGAAGCACUUCGGAAACUCUCUGAGGCCAGUUACCAGCAGGUGGAUCUGGAGCGGGAGCUGGAACACAAAGAUGUCCUUUUGGCUCACUGUAUGAAAAGAGAGGCAGAGGAGGUGACCCACUGCAGCAGUCACAACCCUCAAAGCAAUGGUUUUCUCCUUCCAGUGGCAGGAAAAGGAGCUGCUUCAGUCACUCACAGAGGGAGCAGCGACCUUCAGCUUGUUCGGGAUGCCCUCCGCAGCCUGCGCAACAGCUUCAGUGGCCACGACCCUCAGCACCACACCAUCGACAGCUUGGAGCAGGGCAUCUCCAGCCUCAUGGAGCGCCUGCACGCCAUGGACACCCAGAGGAAACAGGACAGAAGGGUUCGGGUCAAGUCACCCAGAACUCAAGCAGGUAGUGAAUACCGGGAGUCCUGGCCCCCUAUUUCAAAGUUGCCUCACUCACAGAGCUCUCCAACUGUCAGCAGCGCCUGCACGAAGGUGCUCUAUUUCACUGACCGGUCACUUACGCCCUUCAUGGUCAAUAUACCAAAGAGGUUGGGGGACGUGACACUGAAGGAUUUUAAAGCAGCUAUUGACCGGGAGGGAAAUCAUCGGUAUCACUUCAAAGCACUGGAUCCUGAGUUUGGCACUGUCAAGGAGGAGGUUUUCCACGAUGAUGAUGCCAUCCCUGGAUGGGAAGGGAAAAUUGUAGCCUGGGUGGAAGAAGACCAUGGAGAGAAUUAAUGCUGAGUAUUAGAUUGAGGGCUUGUGGAACUUGGCAGUCCCUGGCUGCUUCACUCAGGAGAGAGGACUAAAACCAGAAUACACUAAGAAGUUUUUAGUUUGUGCUGCCAAAACAGAAGCUUCUCCAAGUGUGACAGCCAUAGGCCAGUCCUGUUUCUGUGCCUGGCACAUGUGGUACUUCAAGACCCUGUCCAAAAGUAGACCAUGGGUUCUUGUGGAGUUCCUUGUCCGUGGGAACACAGUGUUUUAUUCUACUCUGAGGACAACAAACCGAAGGCCUUAACCAAUGGGGAUGGAUGAUCCCACUCCUAUAUGGGCAUGGCUGCUAUUAUCUGGAACCUGGGAACUGGAUGUAUCACUCCUGUGUGUUACAGUAUUAUUUUAAUUGGCCUCAGUGGUUGCAGCAAUCAGAGUACCAGCAUUUGUACUCACAGACAAGGUGAAGGUACCAGCUUUUUUGCUUCCUUGCAGCUAUUGCAAACCAAGAAUAACUCGUAAGGUGGUACCAAAGAUGAAAGCCCACUCUUCAGGAAUUUUUUGGACUGGACGUGGAUGGUGCUGAAUUGUUGAAUGGAUUGAAAAAGGGCUGCCCAUAUUGUGCUAUACACUACGCUAAAACCAUAAUUAAGUAAGACCUUGGGCUGCCUCUUGUGUCUUAACUGGUUUUGCAACUUGUCCUUUAGCCCACAGAGGGCAUAUUUCAUGUACUGCUCAUUUUCUCUGGGGACUCUUUAACGUUAGAGCCAUUUUUUCCCCUUCCAACUGAUGAACUUUGUGUUUGAAAGGAAUAAGGAGCGAAAGUCUCCUUUCAAAUCCAGGCGGGUAUGGAAAGGUGCUGCUACCCAUGUCCUCUUGACUUUCUUUCUCUCAUGACUUUCUUUAGCUCAUGGCAUCUCCUUUGCAGUCAAAAGGAAACAGACCAUUAGUUUCAGUAUUUGUGAUUGAUAAGUACUGAGCAUGAGUUACUGGUCUACCCCUCUUCAUUUCAAGGCCUGAGAGUUAUUUUCUAUUAUAUAUUUAGUCUAGGCUGAUCCUUUGGCCACAGAAGAAACCAUGGGGGCAUGGAGCAUGAGUUGUGAAUGGCAGGGUUGAUUCUGGGUGAUAGCACCUAGAAUCCUUUCUCAUGUGCAACACUGUCAAGUGUAGAAGCUAAAAGAUUUAAACUUUCAGAGAUUACUUUAUAUCUUGAGUUUUCUCAUUCAUUCACCAAGCACCAUCAACCAAUCAGAUAUAUACAUAUAUCAGUCUGCCUGUGAUCACCAGUGUACACUGCCAACCAGAAGAGUCAGACAGAUCAGCUCUGGGUUCUUGACCUGUCUGUCUCUAGUUCAUCUCCCCUUUUCAGCCAUUUCAACAGACGACUGAUCGGAGCUCCGAGAUGACAUUUUGUUGUUUUAUAUAGAUGUGUCUUUAAGUUCAUGUUUGGAGAAUUCUUUUCUACUCAUUUGCUUUUUGUCCAAGAACCAUGUCUAUUUUUAUAACUUGAGUGAGAGUUCUGUAUAUUCUCACAUUCUGUAUACUAGAUCCAUUUUCUAGAGAACCCAGUUGCUUUUAUACAGGCUCUUCUCUUCUUACCAGCCCUAUGGUUUCAGAACAAGCUUUAUUUUAUUACAAGUAUACUAAUGACAGAUUACUCCUGUUCCAAUUCUACCAGCCAUUUUAGUUAUGGAGUUAGUUUUAUGGAACCUAUUUGAUGGCUCCUCUAGCUGACAGAAGGAACUCAAAAGACACCUGAUGUCUUUCGUGUAAGUUUACCUGGUCUCCUCCUACUGAAGAAUGAUUUCUCAUCAGAAAUGACUGGGAAAAUUUGGGGAAGUCAUUUAUAAGCAAGAAGAAUUCAUUAUGAAAGCAAACAGAAGAAAACAGUAUAUUCUCCAUUCCUCCCCAGCCCCCCCCCCCCCACCAGGAAGUCUGGAGAAGAAGUCCUCGUCACCAGUUUGUCUGUUGCAUGAAUUUUAGUGUUUUGCUAUAAGACAGCAUGAGGGUUAUCAGGCCAAAAUUUGUUAUUGUAUUUUCAGUACAAUUUAUCUUGAACAUCUGUCGCUUAAGUCAGUUUUACUUGUCAGUUUUCUUUCAGCAAACAUUCUUACUAUUAUGUAGAAUUUAACUUCAGAGAAAAUUAAAUCAGAGAAAAUUUUCAGAGUCCUCUACCUUCUUUGUCUUUUAUCUCUAUGUCUUUUGGAAAAGGAGCUGCAUGGCCUUAGUGCCUCCACAGAAAGCUUAAGUUGAAUUAAUAGCUCAUUAAUCUCAUAUGCCACGGGUGAUAACUAAGCACCCCCAUUACAGGAUGGCACGCCAGAGUGCUUCUAUAAAAUGUGUUGCUAAUCCUCAUUCCAGUUUCUAAACAGAGGAGCCUUCUAGGAGGAGUGUGCAUUGAUUCAUUCUGGUUUGAACUGUCUCCUAUUUGAUACACUAGGAGGCCUUUUGACUUAUUCAGAGUCUUACCCCCUACUGGCAUUUGUGUGGGAUAGUCCCUCCUGCUACUGCUGAAGUUCUCUUUCUUUGAGAAAACUAAGGAACUAGAAUGUUUAGAGUUCAUGAAAUAAUCUCUAAACCUGAUUUUAAAAAUGACCCUCUCAUAAAAACUAAGUUAGUAAAAAGCUCAAUUCCUUAAACAGUCUUCAUUUAAAAACUGGACUGUUCUCACUCAGUUAACUAAAGUAGCUGGAAGUGGAACACUUUACAACUUCUACCUAAAGAAUUUAGGUUAAACCUACUUGGUAAUAUCAGUGCUGCUUACUGACCAACUUUCCAGCUCUUUUUGACCAGGACGGUUGUAAAUUAAGGAAAAUAUCUUUAUACUCUGUAUUCAAUCCAAGAGGACUCUAAUUACUUAAAAUCAUUUAGGUCAUAAUAAUAAUAAUUUUCAUUUUUUCCAUAAAAUAAGCAUUAUGAUUGCACACUCCUUCUAUGGUCUGAAUUUAUGUAAGAGGUAUAGCUUGCUUAAAAUAUAUAUGUAAAGUUAUAUUUUCUUAGAAACAUGGAUGUUUGCAACCAUUGCUUUCAAAGAGAUUAUUACCAUGUAUUCUCUCUGUUUUACGUUUUCAUGAAGAUUGUGUUAUACCAGAGGCUUCUGAUUAUCAAAGUGAUAAACAGUUUUACCUGUCUGUACCAGAUUUGUGACCUAAUUAAAAAAAAACUCAGAAACAAACUAUGAAUAAAAUGGACUUU